AUGGCUAGCAAACGAUUAGGACGGCUUCGUCAGUGGGCGGGAGAGAUGGUGUCCAGUAAGGAUAAGAGUGAGGUGACAGAGGAGGCACGCGAGCUCGAGCGCGAUAUCGAGACACGUAGCGAUGGUCUACGGAGGCUGCACUCGGUCGGCACUAUGUACCACCGUAGCAUCAGUAAGAAGAAGGCUUCGGACGCCGUGGAUGACGAGGGUAAGAUGUUACCUCGGGACGCACUCGGCAUCGUGAUGAUCGUCCACGGAGAACAGUUGGAGGGAUCAUUAUACGGAUCUUCGCUCGUCAAGCUCGGCCAAGCGCAUUGCAAGGUCGCAUUGGCCCAGGAGGCCUUGGCUUUGACGCUGCAGAGCUCGUAUCUUGAGUCUCUGGAGGCGUCGGCGGAGGAGAUCAGGGAGUACGAGGCUGAACGUAAAGCGCUGGAGACACGGCGGAUCAACUACGACGCCGCGGUCACAGCCUUGGAAAAGGUACAAGCGAACAAGAAAGCGAAGGACAAGGAACGCGAUCAAGCCGAAGACGAGGUAGUCAAGGCCAAGUUGAAAUAUGAUGAACAGGCCGAGGAUCUGCGGGCGCGUAUCGAGGCCAUCCAGGAUCGGGAGGUGGAACAACUGCGUGAUCUGACGGGCAUGCUAGACGCCGAACUCGCGUUCGCCGAACAGUACGCGGAGAUCCUGCGUGAUGUCAAACGCGAUUGGGCGUCUCAUUCCAGUAUGAACCGUCGUCCCAGCCGUAGAGAAGUCGGUCCGAUGCACAACUUUGCGAAGAUGCCCGACCUGAAUGGCUCCACCAAUGGAUCACCUGAACUUCCCUCGCGCAGCAGGUCUGCGUCCGCGCCGACGCGCAAGCGUACUGCAUCGUCGGCAACGGCGAAGGGUCAACCCACUUCCGCCUCAGCUGUAGACUCGGAUACGGAUGAGUCCGAGGAAGAGCACGCUCCUGUCAUGUCACGACGCUCCUCAAAGGCUGCGAAGCCAACUUCGCGUCCGCAGUCGCGAUCAGGGGCUCGCUCUCGUGCUAAUAGUGCGGCGACGGCGAAGGGCGAUAAGACCGACGAUGAGGAGAAGGGCAAGCACUCGCGCAGGCCUAGCAUGGGGAACAAGAGUGUCGAAGAGAAGGAUGCCAAGUCUGGUAAACGCAUGUCCGUCGCCGGCUGGUUGCCCUCGAUCGGCCGCAAGAAAGGCCAGAACAUCGACCGCGACCUGUUUGCGAACCUGGAUGAAGACGACUCGGACGCAGAGGGACAACCACCUGUGUCGAGCGCCGUCAGCGCGCGGUCCUUUGGCUCCAUGCGCUCGAAGAAGAGUGCUGGCGCCUCAAGCCCUGUUAUUCCUCCGCGCCCGCACCGUGAUACGGAAGCGAAGCAGCCGAAGCUUGUUCGCGCGAUACAUGACUUCGCAGGCUCGUCCGAUGAGCUGAGCUUCCAAUCGGGAGAUGUCAUCGCUGUCGUGUCUGAGGUUCUUGACGGCUGGUGGAUGGGCGAGCUGGACGGUCAUCGCGGUCUCUUCCCGACGACGCAUACCGAGGAGUUCAGACCUACGACGCCGCGUCUCCGACCGAACCUUCCUCCACGCGCAGGCACGUUCGGCGGACAACUAUCUCCUGGUCAUCCUAUACCCGAGCGCUCCCACUCCGACGAAGCCGCCGCACACCCCUUCGGCGAUGAGCAUGCGACGACCAACUCGCUCUUCAGUCCUCUGAGCGCUACCUUCUCGGGUGACGAGAGCGCCGCGGAUACGCAUAGCAUAGCCGACUCGAUGGACGAUGGUGCGUUCCUCAUGCCGAAGAAAGCGCAUGAUGAACGCGAAGACGCGUUUGGGCCUCCGGGCGAGGGUGUGCGUCAACCACCGCCCCCUCCACCUCGUCGUACCACGACACCGAAGGUCCCGCCUCCACCACCUCCGCGCCGUGCACAUUCAAACGCACCGAGUCUCGACUCUAAUAAUGCGCACAUGCUGCACCAUUCACCCAGUGCUGGCUCUAGCUUACGGAGGCCACCAAGCUCCGGUUCGAGUCUGACUGGCCAUUCGUCAAGCUUUUAUCAGUCGGCUAGCGCUGCGUCGAGUGCAUCGGGACAUAGCGGGACGUCGCCGGUUACGACCAAGGGGAGUCCAUUUGGGUUGAGGGAUAGUGAGACGGGUGCUUGUACUGCGUUCGAGCAACAGCCUAUGAGGGCUGCUGGGAUGUGUGCGAAUUGCCAACGUAUGCAUCUGGAUGUUUAG